UCUGCCCUAGUAUAAAUGGACUUAUGCAAAGACCGCCUGUCGACGGGACGCCGUUUCCGGAUUUCUUAGAGUUGGAUAACUCUCAGACAUUCUGCCUCUUCCUUCCCAUUCAGUCAAAAUUAGUCUCGGAAGUGUAUGGCUGAGCACAUCUCUUUACCCUCCCAAAUGAAUUUCUCUUGAGACGCCCUCUCACGUGACACCCAUUUUUAGAGUCCCCCAUUUUUUGGUUCCUCCCUCAAAAGAUUCAAAGGGCUGUACCAUUGCUUCUGAGGUUAUGGGGGAGAGGGCAGAAAACAAAUCUUUUUUUUUUACUGACAAGCGGAUAACCGACGCCUCUUUCUUCUGAGGUUGCGAAAGCCCCCUCAGACCGCCCAUUUUCGAGCCGGCCAACCGCCGCUCUUGAACGGCCCCCACCCUGCGGUUUUAACCGCCUCCGAACUCCCCCCCCCCCGCUUGCUUUCCUUCCGCAUCACUUCCGCAUCGCAGAGGAAGCCGCCGUUGCCGUCCUGCUAAGGGAAGGACGACCCAAAAACAAGCGGGGCAGCCAAUGAGGGCGCGCCGUGGAGGGGGCCGCUCUGCGCAGGCGCGCAGCCCUGGUUUAUGCUAAUGUUGUUGAUAUUCUGGAGCUGCCGAGCAGACUGCUUUUUCUCUCGCUGCCCUGGUUCCCCCUGGCAGGAGUGGGACGGCUGAGCGGUCUCCUUCCUCCACCCUGGCCCUGCCCCUCGGGAAGGGGAGGGGGCUGAGCCGAGGGGGCGGGCGGGGGGUGGAGAGCGGGGACGGCCGGAGGAGGCAUCCCCUGCCCAUGAGGGCCUGAUGGAAAACACAAAGGAUCUGACUGAACAUCCUUCAAGGUCAGAAAGGAAGAGACGUGAUUCAUUCGGGAUGUUCGAUGGCUAUGAUAGCUGCAGUGAGGAUACAAGUAGUAGCUCCAGUUCUGAUGAAAGUGAAGAGGAGGUUCCUCCCUUACCUUCCAAUCUCCCAAUAAUCAAGAACAAUGGGCAGGUUUACACUUAUCCAGAUGGCAAAUCUGGCAUGGCUACCUGUGAAAUGUGUGGGAUGGUUGGUGUCAGAGAUGCCUUUUAUUCCAAGACCAAGCGUUUCUGCAGUGUUUCCUGCUCAAGAAGCUACUCAUCGAACUCUAAGAAGGCCAGCAUUCUGGCCAGACUUCAGGUAACGGGAAAACCUCCAACUAAGAAGGCUAAAGUGUUACAAAAACAACCUUUAGUUGCUAAAUUAGCUGCAUAUGCUCAAUACCAAGCAACGGUACAGAACCAGUCAAAGACUAAAACAGCAUCUGUUCCAGUGGAAGGUUUCAAUUGGGGCAACUAUAUCAAUAGCAAUAGCUUCACAGCAGCUCCUGUGAAUUGUUUUAAACAUGCACCUAUGGGGACAUGCUGGGGUGAUAUCUCAGAAGGUGUGCGUGUAGAAGUCCCUAACACAGAUUGCAGCUUACCUGCCAAAGUCUUCUGGAUUGCUGGGAUUUUGAAAUUAGCAGGUUACAAUGCUUUAUUAAGGUAUGAAGGCUUUGAAGGAGAUUCAAGUCUUGACUUCUGGUGUAACAUCUGUGGACCUGAUAUCCAUCCAGUUGGUUGGUGUGCAACCAGUGGGAAACCUCUAGUUCCACCACGAUCCAUUCAACACAAAUAUACAAAUUGGAAAGCUUUUCUGGUAAAAAGACUCACCGGUGCCAAAACUCUUCCUCCUGACUUCUCUCAGAAGGUAUCUGAAAGUAUGCAGUAUCCUUUCAAGCCUUCUAUGAGAGUAGAAGUUGUCGAUAAAACACACCUAUGCCGAACACGGGUAGCAAUUGUUGACAGUGUAAUUGGAGGCAGAUUAAGACUAGUGUAUGAAGAAAGUGAGGACAAAACAGAUGACUUCUGGUGCCAUAUGUACAGCCCACUCAUUCAUCCUAUUGGUUGGUCUCGGAGUAUAGGACAUCGAUUCAAAAGAUCUGAUAUAAUCAAGAAACAAGAUGGUCAAAUUGAUGCAUCCUCACAUUUAUUUGCUAAGGUAAAAGAAGCUGAGUCCAGUGGAGAAUGGUUCAAAGAGGGGAUGAAAUUGGAAGCCAUAGAUCCAUUAAAUCUUUCUGCUAUAUGCGUGGCAACAAUUAGAAAGGUAUUAGCAGAUGGAUAUCUUAUGAUUGGGAUUGAUGGAUCUGAGGCAGCUGAUGGGUCUGACUGGUUUUGUUACCAUGCAACCUCCCCUUCUAUAUUCCCUGUUGGUUUCUGUGAAAUUAACAUGAUAGAACUAACUCCACCCCGAGGUUAUGCAAAACUACCUUUCAAAUGGUUUGACUACCUCAGGGAAACAGGUUCAAUAGCAGCCCCUGUCAAAUUCUUUAACAAGGAAGUUCCAAACCAUGGGUUUCACGUUGCAAUGAAACUGGAAGCUGUGGAUCUCAUGGAACCUCGUUUAGUAUGUGUGGCCACAGUAACACGCAUAAUCCAUCGUCUCUUGAGGAUACAUUUUGACGGCUGGGAGGAUGAAUAUGAUCAGUGGGUAGACUGUGAAUCUCCUGACCUCUAUCCUGUAGGGUGGUGUCAGUUAACAGGUUACCAGCUACAGCCUCCUGCAUCACAAUCUUCAAGAGAUAGCCAAUCAAGUUCAUCAAAACAGAAGAAAAAGUCUAAAUCACAGCAGUACAAAGGACACAAGAAAAGAAUAUAUUGCCCUCCCUCGUUCACAAGUGCUCCAUUACAGCUGUUUUUGAAACUUCCCUGGUUUACAAAGCAGUUCAUGAUGCUACAAAAAAGAGCUGCCCUUGGGGGAGGGGAGCAAAAAGCUGUAUCAUGUUUGUGUGUAUCCUGGUGUGCACACACAGCCACUCAUAUGCAUGCACACAUAAGGAUUCCCGGAUCACAGUAAUUCUAAAAUCAUAAUUCAGGCAUCAAUCCCUUAGCACAGUAUUUUUUAGGCCAGUGCCUCCCAAAUGUAAAUGAUUCAUGUCAUCAGGCCAUUUACCUGUAGGAUAGAAUCCUUCAAAAGCAAAAUGAGGUUCCAGAAGGAAUUGCAUCAAAAACUGAGUGAUCCGUAAUUUUUCCCAUCUCGGAUCGUAAUUCUGUCAGCCAUGCUCAGCUGUAAUAAUGCAGAACUGAUGGGAUGAAUGUUGUGGCUUGCAAAGGCCACCGUGUAAUAUCUGCAUUGUCAGAGACUCUUGAGGACUUGCAGAAUAAUAUAUAUCAAGUUCUUCUGAUUUUUUUUUUAAUCAGAAAGAUAAUAUUACUGAGUGUGAAAAAGGCAUUCUGAAUAAGGUCUGUACUAUGGCUUUUUGCUUGAGAUCAGCAUGAAAACUUGGACUUAAUGUAGAAAUUGUUUAGUUAUAUGAUCCAAACAAGCUUGAACCAAAAGAACAUAUAUUUAGGCACAGUUAACUACCAAUUCCUAGUGGACACACAUUGUGUGUAUUUUGUAUCUGUAGGAUUGGCAUAAAAUCAUGAAGUGCAGUAGUGUUUCCCCAUUCCUGUGCAUGUUAUGAUUGGAGAAUUUCACUAAUUUCUGUCACUCUUACAUUGGAAUGGCCUUUGUCCAGAUGAACAGAUGCCCUCUUCUACCUCUGAAUAUGGCAGCUCCUAGAAAAACCCACAACCACAUUUAAUCCCCACAUCAGCUGAGAACCUGAUGUUUAGCCAGCAAUUCUGCAAGAUGUUAGACGACCUGUAAUUAUGUUUGGGAGAGAACGGUCUUGAUUGCUGCUAUAGUGCAGGUUCUCUGAUUUUUGGAGAUAUUUUACAUAUUUAUGUAGGUACUGAUAUCUUUCAGGAUUUUAAUACUCCCAUUUCUACAUCGAUACAUGUACCCAAUUAAAUGAAAACUUUUUUCAAAUCUUGAAAUCGAUUGACUCUUGGGUGACAUCUUUUUCCAGACUAGUUUUCAUUUGUCGUUUUUCUUCAGUGUUCAUUCUGAGUAAUGCUUACGUGUGGCCUCUUAAACACAGCAACCAGAUGACUGUAAGCUUUCAGUACCAUUGGGUGCAUUCAUUUUUUAAAUGUGAUUUGGUUCUAAGAACACCCUCCAGUUUACUGUGAACUAAAUACCACCAACGAACUGGGAUGGAAUCAGGUUGGAGGGGCUGAAUGGAUAUUGGUUUGAGACUUGUACUUCUUCUGUGGGUCAGCUAAUAUUACAGUAUUUGGCACAAGGCAGGAUCUUUUUAAAUAAGAAGGCACCACAGGCAAGGUAAAUUACAUUGCAAGGGCUCCUUUGUACAGCUCAGAAUUUUACAUCUUUUUCACGCUUUAAAUUUCCUUGCUGAAUCAGAGGAAAACAAAAGCAGUUAUCGACUUUCUAUUGAUACUAACACGGGUUUCAGUGUUUGUUUUUAUUGUUGUCAUUUUUAUGUGAUGUGAACACCUACUCCCAUCAAUAUUUGUAUUAUGGUGCUAAUAUAUUGGUAAUAAUCCUUUAUUGGAAAGGGAUUAAAACUGUGAUUAAAUUGAUUUUUUUAAUUUUCAUAUUUAAGUGAAAUCUCAGCCAUUUAUAUAAAAAAAGGGAAAAAAAGCAUGAGCUUCUGCCUCUGGGAAAAUGAUUGAGGCAGAAGUUAAAAAUGGUUUUUACAUCAUUUCUGUAUGUAUUUGAUAUAUAGAUCACUAUCUGUAUAAAUUUAAUCUUUAUUUUUCUGGUAUUUGUGUUGUCAAAUGGGAACAUUUAAAAACCUCUAAUGUACAUAACUCAGUGAAAAUUGCUUUUGAAGAAAUUAAUGUUACUUUCAUUUUUAACAGACUGCAGAUUUUCAAGCAUGGAUGUGAAAAAGCAUUAAGAAUAUAACUUUGUGUACAAGAUGAAAAUAAUUCACUAAAUUUGCCUUUUUUACACAAAAUAAAAAUGUUAAAAGAC